AUGACAGAAGAAUUUAACUUUGAAGAACAUUCACAUCGUAGGUUUAACCCCUUAACAAAUUCUUGGGUAUUAUGCUCACCACAUCGAACAAAAAGACCAUGGCAAGGACAGAAUGAAGUCAAUAAUAAUGAAUUAUUGCCAGAAUAUGAUCCAAAGUGUUAUCUUUGUCCUGGCAAUGAAAGAGCUCAAGGAGCCAAAAAUUACAAUUAUGAAAGUACAUUUAUAUUUAGCAAUGAUUUUGCUGCUGUUAAAAUUGAACAACCAGAAUACUUACCUCAAGAGCAAACAGAUAAAUUUUCGAACUUGUUACGUGCUGAAGGGGUUAGAGGUGAAUGUAAGGUAAUGUGCUUUUCUCCAAAGCAUAACAUUACCGUAGCAGAAAUGACAGAGGACGCAAUAUUGCAUGUAAUUCAAUCGUGGAUAAAAAUAUAUCAAGAAAUGUCAACCAAACCUUAUAUCAAUUAUAUUCAAAUAUUUGAAAAUAAAGGAUCAAUAAUGGGAUGUUCAAAUCCACACCCACACUGUCAAAUUUGGUGUACAGAGACCAUACCAGAAGAACCAUCAAAAGAGUUACUUUCAAUGAAAAAUUAUUAUGAAAAAAAUCAUUCCUGUUUAUUAUGUGAUUAUAUUUAUCUUGAAACGAUUAAAUUAGAACAAAAGCCACGAAUAAUUUGCGAAAAUGAUUCCUUUUUAUGUUUAACACCAUUUUGGGCUAUUUGGCCUUAUGAAACUAUGAUCAUAUCAAAAUCUCAUAUUAUUAGUUUAUUUGAUUUGAAUGAUAGGAAUAAAUUACAACAAGAUCUUGCUAACAUUAUCCGUAGAAUUACUUGUAAAUAUGAUAAUGUUUUCAAAUCUUCCUUUCCUUAUUCAAUGGGAAUUCAUCAAGCUCCUGUUGAUGAUAAAGAUCAUACGAAUGAUUCACAUUUACAUUUUCAUUUUUAUCCUGCUUUAUUGAGAAGUCCAACUAUUAAGAAGUUUUUGGUUGGAUAUGAAUUACUUGCCGAACCGCAACGUGAUCUUACAUCCGAAUUAGUUGCGGAACAAUUAAAAAAUUCACUUCCGUUUGUAUUCCUCUGGCGAUUCGCCAAGCCCCUACUAUUUUCUAUACUACCAGUCUCAAUGAAGUCGAUGGAAGAGACCCAAAGAACUCCAGAGAUCAUUGUUAGCUGGGGUAAAGAAAGGAUUCACCUUGAUUUUGAAUUACAAGGGGCAGGAUCGCUAGAGGAAACUACUUUGAAACAAUUAAAAGAACGUCUGAAAAAAGUUACUGGUGUACCUGUGAAUGGACAAAAGUUGGUGUUUUCCGGAGCUGUAAUGAAAGAUAAUACGGUCAAAUUAGGUUCAUUCGGACUUCACCCAUUUUCAAAAAUACUCUUAAUUGUUCAAACAACAACAGGUUCACCGGAAGAGCAUGCUUUGAUAAAGAGAAUUUCAGAAUCCAUUGAAAAAACGAGAACAAAAUUAAUUCCACAAAUUGAAUCAUUUGAAAUUUCUAUUUCAUCCUUUCUUUCUGAACAAGAUAAUGAUAAAGACACAACUGAUACGAUUAAAUCAAAAUUAGUGGAAACUCAUCAUUAUAUCGUGGAAGCUUUAAUGCAAACCCUACUUACUUUAGAUGAUGUUGCUUGUCCUCCUGAAUUUGAAGCAGCUAGGAAAAAAAGACGAGAGGCUGUUAAAUACACUCAAGAUUUAAUUGAUAGAGUUGAUGUUGUUAAAGAACAGUUACAAAGCUCUUCCUCUAUUAAUAAUAAUAAAGGAUCUUCACCUUCCUCAUAA